UAAUCUGAUAUUUUGUUUAUCUUUAAAAAUGUUUAUGUUUGAAAAAUAGUAUUUUACUUACUCAGCUAUUUUAUAACCUAUAACGAACAAUGCAUUUAAUUAUCAUAAACUAUCCUGUUAUUAUCGAUAUUAAUGCAAUUUUAAUUUUUUUCCAUUUUAUCUAAGUUUUUUCACUUAUAUAUUCCACAAAAAUAAAAACUUAAUUAUAGAUUAGGUAUGAUGUCCAAUACUCUAUUUUAACUAGGUGUGUGUUAAAUUGCAAAAAUAUGCAGCAGGAGAAGCAUAAAAACGGAUCCAUUCAGAAUGGUUUUCAUACUGAUAAGUUUGAAACAUCCAAGCCUUCAUGGAGGGAUAAAAUGUGCCAUGCUCACAGUGUUAGAACUCCAAAUAAGCCUUACAAAGAACCAGGUCCUAUGGGAGAAUCUGAAAAAGGGCUACGGAUGAUGCAAUCAAUGGGCUACAAAGAGGGUUCAGGGUUAGGCAAACAUAGUCAAGGCAUUACAGAAGCAAUCGAAGUAAAUGCAAAUUUAGGCAAACGAGGACUCGGUCUGAAAAUUAAAGGCUUAGAUAAAACAUCAGAGACUUGGGAUUUUGAUCAAGAAACCAUUGUAGUCGAAGAAAAGAUAAAAUGGCUUAAAAUUAAUAGUGAAGAUAUCCCAAAUUUUCAAAAAGAGAAUUUUGAAGGUUGGAUCAAAGAGGAUGUUCCUAAUCAUAAUGUCAUAGAAAAUGACUACUUUUGUGAAAGUGAUAUUAUAAAAGAAGUUUUUAAGGCAAAGGGUAUUUUUGAUGAGAUCGACUUGAAUGAGUUAUACAAAGCAAGGGCAAGGGCAAAUCCUUAUGAGACCAUUAAGUCGGUGUUUUUUAUGAACAGAGCAGCACUUAAAAUGGCUAACAUAGAUGCAGCCUGUGAUUUUAUGUUUACUACUAUGGAAAAAAAUGAAGCUUUUGGCUCAGACGAGCCUCCAAUUUUUUUUGCAGAUGUGUGUGCUGGGCCUGGCGGAUUCACGGAGUAUAUUUUAUGGAGGAAAAAAUGGCUCUAUAAGGGUUUUGGUUUAACUCUAAAAGGCGAAAAUGAUUUUAAAGUUUCAAACUCUUCAUGUGCCUCAGGAGUAACUUUUCAACCUUUAUAUGGUAAAGACGGCACUGGAAAUGUAUGUAACCCAGAAAAUUUAAGAAAUUUUAUAGAAAAGGUUAAACAUGAGUCAGAGGGCAAAGGGCUGCAUUUUAUGAUGUCAGAUGGGGGUUUCUGCGUGGAGAAGCAAGAAAACUUACAAGAAAUAUUGUCAAAGAAUAUUUACUUAUGUCAAUGUUUGCUGGCUCCGAAUGUACUUAGAGAACACGGCUGUUUUGUGACGAAACUUUUUGAUUUAUUCACACCGUUUAGCGUCGGGCUACUAUACCUUGUGCAUUUAUGUUUCGAGAAAGUUGGGAUAAUAAAACCAAAUUCGUCUCGACCUGCGAAUUCUGAAAGGUAUUUUGUCUGUAGUAAUUUAAGAUUUACUCAUCAAACGAGCAUUAUAAAAGAUUAUCUUUGGACAGUAGCAGAGAAGCUGUGGGAAAUGCGCAAUAUGCCCAAUAUAGAUAUAUUAGAAUUAGUACCCAUUGAGGUAAUCCAGAAGGAUAAGAGAUUUUUCGAUUAUAUUUUUGAAAGUAAUAAAAGUUUAGCAAAGAAACAAAUCAUAGCACUAAAAAAGUUGACGUUGUUUUGUCGAAACCCCUCAUUAAUAGAAACGAGGCAAGAUCUUUUACGCAGCGCGUGUCUUCAAUAUUGGGUCAUUCCGGAUAGCAGGAAAAAAUCAGAUGAAAUUGACACACCCCGUAGGAUAGUGACUAAAGUUAGAGGAUUAAAAUACGAUGAAUUUAAUUCUAAACCUAGAAAGAUUCUUGAUUAUGAUGGCCUUGAUAUAAUAACUUGUGUAAGUGAGUGGCAAUAUUGCUAUAUGUACAGCACACCAGAAGUAAAAGAAGCCACAUUCUUCGCUGGAACGGAUUCUGCCAAAUCGUUUUACUACAAGACCGGCAGCUGGGAGAAAAUAAAUUAUUUAGCUUUGGCUAAAGAUACUUNNCUGUACGGAGAAAUUGUGCCAGAAAAAUCUACGUUACAAAAUGGCGAAGUAAUUUUUAGGGAUAGUCUACAUGUAAUAGACGCCCUACGUUUGGGUUCUAUGAACCUAGAAAAAUAUUCUUUUGCUGAGAGGCAAAAGCAAAUCCGUAUUUACUGUAAAGCAGUUAAUAAAGAGUCUGAACAGAUAUAUGCAGUAAGAGUCAGACCCAAACCGCUGAAACCACUGAAUGAACUUCCUGAAGACUUUAGCCUCGCUAGACGUGACAAUUGCAUAAUGCUUCCGGGUCUAGGUUUUCGAGCGAUUUGCGAUAAAUACAGUGUUUCUUCUGUGCUGUUGAUUAGGGCCAAUAAAGAUUGUAUCUUCAAAAAGGAACCAAAAAUCUUCAUUUGGAUACCAAAAUCUUGUUUACGGACGAGCAAUUUUUUUUCUUGACAUGCAAUAACCAAUUUUUAUAACAAUCAUUACUGGACCCAAGAGAACCAUGCUAUUACAGAGACACCUUUUCAGCAAUAAUAUUCAAUCCACGUUUAAAUCGGUAUCGUAUUCAACAAUUUAUCCGAUUUAAUUGCAUCAAUUUUUUUUAUCAGGACACCUUAACGGACACUAUUAUUAUAAUUUUCUUGUCUUUUUUUUCGAAAAUUCAGAAUAUGAAAAAGUUACGGCAACAACUUUGGUUUCUGCAUGAUGGUGCUCCAGCGCACUUUAGCAUAUUGGCUUGUGAGCAUUAAAAUAGUCUACGAAAAUCAUUGAAUAGGCAUGGAGAACCAUAAUUUUGGCCACCUGGAUCACCUGACCUACAUUUUUAUUUGUGGAGAAACUGAAAACAUUGGUUUAUCAUACACCAAUUGUUACAUUAGAAGAACUAAAAAAUAGAAUUAUUGACGGAUGUGAAGCUAUAAGAAACACUCAUAGAAUUUUGGAAAGAGUUCGUAAUUCUAUAAGAGCAGAGUCCUACAUAGAGGCAAAGGGUGACCAUUUCCAACAUCUUUUGCAAAUUGUGUAAUAUUAUUGUAUUUAAUUAUUUUUUUUAUUUACUUUGUUUGUUAUACUAUUUUUCUUGUUAUUGUUAUAUCACUGUUUGUUUUACUUAUUUCUUUUUUUUUUGUUUAUGUACAGAGGUCUUUUAUGUUAAUAAUUAAUCGAUAAUUAUUACAAACACAUUUUUUUUCUCUGGC